CAGAGGUGAGUGUCCCCCUCUCUCUCAAAGAUGCGCGCUUUUGCAUCUCCAUCUUGGUUCAGGAAUUAGGGUUUCUCUCUCAUAAUCAAUCCCAGUAAGAUAGAGUUGAGGUUUCUUACUAUUGUUAAUCGUCUCUCUCUCAUAGUUUGAUAUAUCUUGACCAGGGUUUUGCGAAUUGUGAAUUAUUAGUGUUUUCUCUAAAUUCUAGAGCGAGAAAAUGUUCAUACUGCAAAUCCCAAUUUCUACUCCAAAACCCACUUCAAACCUCGCAUGGUCUAGGGUUUUGAAUCCAGAACGCCCAUCUUUCCCUGCAAAUUUCUCCAUUUCGAUUUUUACAGUGACCAAGAAAAGCUUUGCUCCAUUGACCAUUCGAAAUGGAGGAGGCCCAAGAACAUAUCCAGGCGGUGUAUCAAAAUGGCAAUGGAAGAGAAUGCAAGCAAAUAAGGCGAAGCAACUCUUGAAGGCCCGCCUUUGCAGAGAGAGGCAACUCUAUGAGAUGAGAAAGAGAGCUGAGCUCAAAGCCGCUGUUUCGGAGCUCGAGAAGCCAUGGGAGACAGUUCAGAGAGCUCCUGUUUUGUUCUCGGUGAAGCCUGAUGAGCAAUUGAAGGCCCUGGCCGAUCGGUUUCAGAAACCGGGUGGGUUCGAUUUUUGGUCAGAGAAAGAUGGGCCUGAGCUCUUCAAAACCCAUGAUGGGUUCCCUUCUGCCAGGUUUUUCCCAAAAGGUGUGGUCCAUAGCAUUCAACCUUAUAGGAGAGUUUCUGAAGCUGCUUCUUCUGGUACUGGUUCAAAUGUUUCUUUUGAUAAUUCUAAGAGAAUUACUGAUUCUUCUGCUUAUGAUUCAACUAUUUCUGUUAAGAGGAAUAAUUUUUUGCAUAAUUCUGAUGAGAAUGGUUCAUAUGAAUAUGGCGAAGAAGAUGCAUUUGAUGGUGAAUUUGGUGAAGAAAUUAGCUCCGAGGGUGGUUCUCAAUCAAAGGGGCCGAGAUUUUCCAGACAUAGAGGAAAGAAUAACAGAGAAAGAAAUGGGGGUUUAGAGAGCGGUAGUGGGAAACGAAAUUCAAGGGUUGGUGGUUAUUCUCUUGCUAAAAGGCUGCAGCUUUCUAGCUAUGGAGGAAAAGAGGAGAUGAAUUAUGGACGAUCUGGUAAUCUUUUAAAAACUGAAUCAAACGGUACAAUUGGUAAAUAUGGUAGUGCAAAGUGGAUUGAUGAAGGCAUGGAUAGAAGAAUGGGGAGGUCUGUUAUGAAACAAGGCAGUCGAACUAAGGAUGGUGUGAAUUUUGGUGAAUUCGGUCAAUCGAAAAAUAGAAUGGGGAGAACUAAUAACGCAGAAAGAAGGAGUUAUGUGAAAGGACAUGAAACCGGUGGUCCUUCUGCUGGUAGAAGGGAUCAGCCUUCUAGUAGAGCUAGUGGUUCUGAACAGAGGCAGUUUGAUGAGAUGAAUUCAUUUGAUCCUCACACUCGGAGGAAAAAUUUUGUGAGACAAUCAGACUGGAGAAAGAGUUCGAAUUCUUCCGAUGUUUAUGACAAUGGAUAUGGACGAUGGCUACAAUUUGGACUGAUUGUCGGUGAAUAAUGAAGAAGAGGAUGAUGAUUUAGCAAGCAUGGACAGGUUUUAUAAUGGUGACCAGAGAUAUAACUUGCAGAAUUUUUCAGGACAAAAAAUGAAAGAUGAGUGGUCUGGAGAGGUCUAUGAGAUGCAUUUGGAAAGAACUGAAGGAGAAAUAGCUGAUGGGGAUUCGGGCAAUGAGAUUUACAUGUAAAUCUGGUUGGUCCUUCAAGUCUGAGACUAAUUGGAAAAUGUCCAAAACAAAUUCCUAAAGAUAAUUAGGGUGCUAAGAACUGGAGCUGAGGGAAAUUUGUGGAUUGCUUAAUAUAUGUUUUGAUAAAAGGUGUGAUUUAUAAACAGUUUGUACACCUAGAUAAUGCAUACAGAAUAUGAAUUGUAUGCCUUCAAACUUGGAAGAAGAUAGGUUUAUGAGAGACUGCACAACAGACUAUAAGCUUUUCUAAUUGUAAAAUUCAAAAUGGAAAUUCUCAUAGUGACAGAGCAACUUAUUUUUUGCUCACUCGGAAUGGGGGAACUUUAGCUAAUGCCAGUAUUUCUAUUGUUGGAAUUUGGAGAAAAAUUUGCUCAAAAAGGUCACUUGGUCUUUGAAGAUAUAUUACCGACACACUUCUACUCCAUGCAAUGUCGCUAGCUUGUUAAAAUAUCAAUUUUAAUAAUUUACAUAACACCAAUUAAGUUGGUAGGUGCAAUCUGCCAUAGAAACUUUGAGGCUAACUGAUGCCUGGUGAAAUUGGCCUGGUGAAAUUCCAAGGAUAACUGAUGCCUAUAAAUUAUAUUUGGAACUUGAAAGUUGGAAGUAAACUGCUAGAAGGUAACUUCUAAGAAUUUGAGUACAUCUUCUUAAUGCAAUUGUAUUCAAUGCAGUGUAAUUUAACUCAUUAAAGUUUUAGCUCUGAUUAUGCAUGUAAGAAAGCUCAUGCUGGCCUAUGGCAUUUGCAGUAGAGACUAUUUAAGGAGUAGGCUUUGGGGUACUGUUAAAUUUUUACCAUCACCAUCCGUCUCUGUUCUUUUUAUUUUUGAUUGUUGCAAUUACUAUUCUUUUCUCUUUAAAUAACUUUGGAAAUUCCUACCAAUGCUUUUGAUUGAUUUUCCACGUCUUUUUUUUCCUUUUUUGGCUUCUCUCUUUAAUGAUUCACAUGGGCUUUCUGAAUGUAGAGGGCUUGUUGGAUUCUUCUGACAUGAAUUCUGGCCAUGCUGAUACUUGUUUUGCUUUCAUCUUCAAUAGAUGUCUCUUCCUUUUGGUAAUUCGUUUGAUUGCUUUUCCCCUAAUUUGUAGCUCUGAUUCUUACUGCCAGCUUGAAACUACAUGCUUACCUUAUCUAAUGGUAUUUUACUUUUAAAAUAUGUGCCAAAUUAUAUAAUGUAUAUGAAAAAUUGAAAACAUCAAUACUCAUUUGUAUUGCUUCAGAAAUGAGUGGAGUCAAUGUUUAUGAACCGUUCUAAUGCUUUUCUCAGGUGUUCCUCAAGCCAUGGCAAUUUCCUUGUUAUUAAUUCUAGUUUUGGGUUUAUGUAUACUAUUGAGAAGAUUUGUUGGUUUAUGGUGUUCGAAGGGUUAUAAUAUUGGUGAGUAGUUAGUCUACGGGGCAAUUUCCCAUGAUGGCUUGCUUAUUUUCUUGAAGUUCUAUUUAAAUAUAUGUAAUUCCCUCUCUCUCUAUCUUGCACGCAUGCACACAAUAUUAGUGUUGAGUUUUACUUCGUGUCCUACUUGAGUUUGGUUUGGAUUGGUUCGUCAUGGGAAAGAUUUAUCAUUUUAUGCUAAGACUUGAAAAGUGUUCGGUUUCAUGGCAUUUCCUAUCAUUUGCAUUCUUCUUGUGUAGAUGUGGAGACCAUCCCUAGUUGGUCCAUGUUGGAUUCUGAUAAAACCUCUAAGAUUGAUUCUUUAACUCUAUUGGUGGUCAGAGAGACUCGGCUCUCAGUCAUGUUUGUGCUAUAUUUAUCCAUUUCCAUUUUUCUCAUGUACCUUCUCUUCUCAAAUUUAUGCAGAAGCCAUAUGAGUAUCACAUUCGUAUCACAAUCAUGCUUUUUACUUCACGGGAAGUAGAUUGAGAGUGCCUUUAGAUUUUUUCAAUAGUAUGAUUUUUCCAGCAGCUUGAGUUUUCAUUGCAAGGUGGCCCUGUAGUGCAUUUACAUUGAGCCCAUGUCUCCUAAUUCAUACUCAUACUAACACUAGGCAGGUGACUGGCAGCACAGGUGUGUCAACCUUUCCUAUGUGUGCAUUUCGUAUCAAGAAUGCGGAGGCAAGUGCAACAUGCAGACAAUUAACAAUAAAUCCAUUAUAUGUCUGCUGCAUCACAUUGGAGUUUUGGUGUCAGCUCGUCUCAACAUGUGUAGUGCUUGAGUUGAUGGCAACUCUCAUGGAAAAUCUCUGGCGGUGUGAGUAUUGUAUGGCAUCUCUCUCUCUGGUGGUGUGAGUAUUGGAUAGCAUCUCUCUGUCUUUCUGGUGGUGUAAAUAUUGUAUAGCAGCAUUAUCAAGACUGGACUAGACCGGAUAUUCGAACCAGUUGAACUACUAGCCAGUGCUUGGUUAAUCUGGUUUGAAGCAAAAACUAGGUUUGGUUUAAAAUUUGCUAAACCAAAUGUUUUUUAACCAGUUUUAGCUGAUUAAACUUGUUAUUUUUAACGAGUUGGAUUGGCUAGACAAGGUUCGACUUCCUCUUUGAGUGUAUCUAUGUUCUUAAGCUUAUCUUCCUACAUUUUCUUUAUGUUUUAUAAAAUCCACUCCAACUAAUUCAGUUGACAGUUAAGACUAGUUUUGAUUAAAUCAUAUGCCUAAACGGUUGGGCGGCCAAUUGAUUCUGAUGGCAUUGUUAUAUGGAAAUAAUGGAAGAAUAAAAAAUAAUAUAAAAAAAGGUGUUUCUCCAUAUUUGUGCUUCAAUGAGCUCAAAGUCUAAAGAUGACAAGAUGAAACAAAAUUUACCUCUACCUGGUUACAGCCACCACAAGUGAUGCAAUAAGUAAUGUCCCGUUUAUUUGGAUGUUUCUUGUCCAAGGUUGAAGUAGAGAUGUGUUUAUCCCUUCAAGAAGAAAGGGUGAGGAGUAAUGAGCAAUUGGGAUUCCUAGCUCAAUUUGUUGAUUAAUUGUUGUUCCUUGCGAUUUAGUCUGUGGUGACUGUCACAAACAAUGUGUGAGGAAGCUGUGGUAAUCAUAAGAUUUCAAUGAGCUUAAACUAGAUUUCUCUCUCUACCUCAUUGUGGCACACGAGAAAUGUAUUUGUUCGAUUGGUUCUCGCCAUCUCACUGUUUCAGAUUACCCUCAAGACUAGGGGCGUGAUUCGCGUGAGAUAGUUUUCUUGUAGUAAAUUGUUUUCUUAAGAAAUUGAUUUCAUAGAUUUCAUAUA